ACAUUAAAAAAGAAAUAAAAAGAAAACUCAAAAUCUAAUAGAAAUCCAAGCUGUCAAUAGAUAUGUUACCCUCGCCAAUAGAUAGGCUACAUCAGAGAAGAACUACCCCGGAGAAACCCUAACCAGAGAAAGUACCAACCUCGAUUACUCUUUCUAGUCUGCCAGUCUAUACCUUUUUGCGUGGAUAGAAUAUUUGUCGUACUUAAGUCAACUCUCUCCUCUUUCCCUUCAUCCUAUUCUCAGUUUUUCCAGUGAAUCAUAAAAAAACAUUAUUUAAAUUUUUUACCAAAGAAAAAACAUUCUUUAAAUUGAAAUGAUUCAUGACGUUAUUUUCAGGAAAACAAAUAGAAUUUCGAAAAUAAAUUGCGAUGAGCUGUAAUUUAGGAUUUAAUCCCUUUUAAAAAGAUUUUGUUUUUAAAAGGUAAGAAAUCGACAGAAGAAGCCACUGAGAAACACGUAGACUCUGGUGAUAAGCUUCUUCCAUUCGCUAGUGAUAAAAUCAAGAAACAUAAACAUAAACUAUGUAACCGAAGAAAAAUAAACGAAGACGAUCAUUACAUGCGUGAGUUUUACCUUCCAUUUUUUUCAGUUAAGGUCAAGCAAUGGAAAAUUACAGGAGGGACAUUAUCAGCCAGCUGCCAGAUGAUCUGCUCUUAAGGAUACUGUCGUCACUUUCUCUUAAGGAAGUGAUGGCAACGAGUUUCUUGUCCCAACGGUGGCGGUCUUUAUGGAAGUUGGGGUCUAAACUCAAGAUUGGUAAUAAAGACUUCAGCGAGUUGCUUGUCAAAUGGGUUUCCAGAUCUUUGGCUAUUAGUAACCCUCAGAUUCUAAAGAGCUUGGAUAUAAAGCUUAUCCCAGGUGAACUUGAUAGAAAUAUAAACUCUUUGUAUAGGUUCUCCUCUUUGGUUAAAACCGCAGUUUCUUGCGGUAGAGAGUUGAAAAUCGAGUUUCUUUACACAUCACUAGAACUGCCGAGUAUCUUCUAUGCAUGUGGGACCCUCGAAACCUUGAUACUCUGCAGGCUACAUUUCGCGGAUGUUCCGCCUAAUGGUUCCUUGUCGUCUCUCAAAACUCUUUGCCUUUUAUCCGUCAAGUUCUCACGCGACGAAUCUGUUCAGAAGCUUCUAAGCAUUUGUCCAGUUCUUGAAGAGUUGGUUGUAAGACGAUCCGGAUAUUCCAAUGUGGAGAUCUUCACUAUCAACGUGCCUAGUUUGACGAGUUUAUCGAUUGAUUAUAUACGUGUGGGAUCUCAUCAACCCGCGGGUGUUCAUGGAUUUGUCAUAAAUGCUCCUUCCUUAAGGUACCUGAACAUUAGAGACCGUCACAGUAACUAUUUGCUGUUCACAAAUAUGCCGGAGCUGGUCAAGGCGAAUGUUGAGGCUGUUUGUGAUCAAUCCGAGAGUCUAAUAGGAUCUCUUGCCUCAGUCCGUCAUCUCUCUUUGUGUUCAAAAUCUUCAAACAUUCCAUACCAUGCAGGCACUUCCUUUGCCUUUCUUGAACAUCUAGAGCUGUGUACUUGUUCUUCGGAGUGUUGGAAUCUACUUUCCCGCAUAAUCACAGACCCCCUAACACUUCGAGUUCUCAAGCUUAAGUCGAUACAUCGCGCCCAUUAAUGGUUCUUGGAACAAGCAGACUUUUGUUCCUGAAUGUUUGUUAUCGCAUCUCAAGAAUUUGGAAUGUAAACAUUCAAAGGCUCAAAGCUAAACAAGUGGCCAAGUAUAUCUUAGCAAACGCUGGUCAUCUGAAAUUAUCUUGUCAACAUGUUUUCAAUCUUUUUUUAAUUGAAUGUAAAAUUGAUUCGAACAAGAAACUCAUUUCUAUAUUAAGUUCAACAUGUCACUGAA